AUGGAGACAGACCGCAAUCGUUUCCGGCUUCCCGUGGGAAUAGCGCUCGGGUUGGUUUUUUCACUGCUGCUGGUCGUGAUCUGCGGCAUCAUCAUUUCCUAUAUGGCGUCUGCCGACAGGCGGAUCGCCGGGCGAUUGCUGGAUGAGCAGGCAUUGGCCGUUCUGAAGGGCAAUGAAGCGACCCUGAAGCAAUUUUUCCAGAAGCAGGAACAGUUCCUCAGGUCGAUUGCUGUUCAUGCCUCCGCAUCCGGCGAGCAGUUUGGGGACGCAGAUCUGGCACCUUAUCUCAGGCUCUUGCCCGACGGCGCAAUGCUGGAACUCGGGCAAACGGGUCUGAGUGAAACACCGGGCGAUGAGAAACCGAUCGUUGCCUGGGCGCCAUUCCGGUACAAGGAAGGAUUUUCGACCGCGGUUCUGGUCGCGGAACUCGGCCUUGGCGACACCCGGUCGCUUUUCGCCUUUUACCCUCAGCCCGUGUUUGCCGGGAUUGCUGACCAGAUGUCCUGGGAAGGCCGGCAGAAGGUGUUUCUUUUGGAAAGCCGGGACAAGGCAAUCGUGGUGGAGGGGGUGCCGGAAAACGAUUUUGCUUCCAGACCGCAAAGCCCCCUGCCGGAUCUUGCGGACCUCAAGAACACUCCUUUGCACCUGAUCUGGAAGGAUCAGCAACAGGCCCACAAUAUGGGAGGGGAGGUUGAUGGCCGGGUGUUUCCCGGUGAAAGAGGCAUGUUCACGGCGAUCUUCUCCAAAGUGGAUGAAGGUCCAGCCGAGGGCUGGAUUGUCGGCACGCUCUAUCAGGCAGAUCAGUUCGGCGCUGCACUCGAUCAGACCCGUAUUGUCCUUUAUGCCGCAAUUGUCGCGUUGUUCGUCGGGGCGCUGUUGUCCUUCAUGGUCGGACGCAUGUUGGGCAGACCCCUGAGACGGCUGGCUCAUUCCGCCGCCGAGCUGCGGCAACUGAAUUUUGAGGCGGCUGAACGUCUGCCGCGGUCACGGCUGGCCGAGCUGGACGAUGUCAACCAGGCCUUCAACGGUUCUGUCGGUGCGCUGAACGCCUUUGCCAGGUAUGUUCCCCGGCAACUUGUGUCCCGCCUAAUCGAAGAAGGCAUGACAAGUGCGCGGAAUAUCGAAUUGCGCGAGAUGACGAUCGUUUUUGCCGACCUCGCGGGUUUUACCGGGCUGGCCUCUCAUCUGUCUGCGGAGGAAACCGCGUCUUACCUCAACGGGUACUUCGAAACUGUUUCCGAUGCGAUCGCCGAAAGCCAGGGAACGAUUGACAAGUUUCUGGGGGACGGUGUCAUGGCGUUCUGGGGCGCGCCUUCCGACCAGCCCGAUCACGCGGCCAUGGCGAUCAAGGCGGUCAAGUCUCUCGCUGAACGGAUCAAUCAGUCACCGGACAUCGAUUUGCGGGUCCGGAUAGGUGUGCACACCGGAAAGGUGGUUGUCGGCGAUAUCGGAACCUCCUCGCGCAUGAACUACACCGUCAUUGGCGACGCCGUGAAUGUCGCUGCGAGACUGCAGGAAUAUGGAAAACAGGUCGACCCCGACGCAAAGGUGAUUGCGCUUGCAAGCGCGCAAACCAUGGCGCAUCUGCCGGAAGGUGCGAGCACAACCAGUCUCGGCCCGGUGCAACUGCGUGGUCGGGACGAUCCGCUAUCCGUGUUCAGAAUUGCGUGA